AUGACAGAUUUUAUGGUAUUGGAAAAUCAUGAAGAAGAAAAUAUUUUAUUAGAUAGUAACAAAGAUUAUGAAUAUAAACGUGAUGAACUUUUAAGUAAGAUAAUAGAAUUAGAAAAGAAAGACCAGGUUUUAGAGUUACAAACAAUACUCAGAAAUAGAGAAACAAAUAAUUCUGAUUUUGUUUUUCAUGCCGAUCGCCUUAUGAGAUUAGUUAUUGAAGAAGGAUUAAACUGCUUGUCAUAUAAAGAAGUUGUCGUCAAAACUCCAACUGGAAGAUAUUAUAAAGGAUUAGACUUUAAAAAAGGUAAUUGUGCAAUUUCAUUAUGUAGGUCUGGGGAGUGUAUGGAAACUGCCAUGAGACAAUGUUGCAGAUCCAUGAGAAUAGGAAAAAUUUUGAUAUCAGAAAAAGAACAAAAAGUAUUAUAUUCUAAAUUUCCUCCUGAUAUUAAUCGUCGUCAAGUUUUAUUAUGUUAUCCUAUUCUUGGAACAGGUGAAACGGUAAUAAAAGCUUUAAGAUUACUGAAAGAACAUAAUGUUAAAGGUAAAAAUAUUGUCUUGAUAUCAAUUUUUUCAACAACAAAAGCAUUAAUAGAAAUAGGUAAAGAAUUUUCUCAUGUUCGUAUCAUAACAUCAGAUGUUGGUAAUGUACCAUUUAAUUUUACUAAGAAAUAUUUUGGAACAGAUUAA